GGAAAAGCCUGUCUGAAGUUUUGCCUUCCUGUCACCCUCAGGCCAAGGAAAGAUUUAGGAAGUCGCCAGAGGAUAUUUUUUGCAGGAGCGGUCACUCUAAAUCUAGGCGAGGAAGGGGAGGAGUCUGAGCCGGGUCCCGCCUCUUCUCCAGUAAACUUCUCCCGCUCCAGCUUUGGAGGCUGGAGUUCCUAGGGCAGGGAGCAGUAGCACGCCCCCGGCUUUCCCCAUGGCUUCGGUGACCAGAGCCGUGUUUGGAGACCUGCCGUCAGGGGCAGGGACAGUGGAGAAGUUCCAGCUGCAGUCAGACCUGCUGAAAGUGGACAUCAUCUCCUGGGGCUGCACCAUUAUGGCCCUGGAGGUCAAAGACAGGCAGGGCAAGGCGUCAGAUGUGGUGCUCGGCUUUGCAGACCUGGAAGGCUACCUCCAAAAGCAGCCCUACUUUGGAGCCGUGGUUGGCAGGGUGGCCAACCGAAUUGCCAAAGGAACAUUCACGUUGGACGGGAAGGAGUAUAAACUGGCCAUUAACAAUGGGCCCAACAGUCUGCAUGGAGGAGUCAGAGGGUUUGAUAAGGUCCUCUGGACCCCUCGGAUGCUGUCAAAUGGUGUCCAGUUCUCAAGAGUCAGUCCAGAUGGUGAGGAAGGUUACCCUGGAGAGCUGAAAGUCUGGGUGACAUACAUGCUGGAUGGUGGGGAGCUUAUGAUCAACUAUCGAGCCCAGGCCAGUCGGACCACACCGGUCAAUCUGACCAACCAUUCUUACUUCAACCUGGCAGGCCAGGGUUCCCCAAACAUAUACGACCAUGAAGUCAUUAUAGAGGCUGAUGCCUUUUUGCCUGUGGAUGAAACCCUGAUUCCUACAGGAGAAGUCGCUCCAGUACAAGGAACUGCCUUUGACCUGCGGAAGCCAGUCGAGCUUGGGAAGCACCUGCAGGACUUCCAUCUCAAUGGCUUCGACCACAAUUUCUGUCUGAAGGGAUCUAAAGAAAAGCACUUUUGUGCAUGGGUCCGGCAUGCUGGAAGCGGGCGGCUACUGGAGGUGUACACCACCCAGCCUGGGGUCCAGUUUUACACAGGCAACUUCCUGGAUGGCGCGCUGAAGGGCAAGGGCGGCGCAGUCUAUCCCAAGCACUCUGGUUUCUGUCUCGAGACCCAGAACUGGCCUGAUGCCGUCAAUCAGCCUCACUUCCCUCCUGUGCUGCUGAGGCCUGGGGAGGAGUAUGACCACACCACUUGGUUCAAGUUUUCUGUGGCUUGAAGAAGUGUGAAGAUGUGACCUCUUCCAGGGCCAGGCUGGGAGCCCCUUCAGCAGCCUGUCUCCUGCCCAGAGAGGCGAUAGAGGCUUUACAAGUGAUCCUGUGAAUGGAAGCCAUAUGAAGGGUAGCUUCAUAGUAGUGAGUCUGAGUGUUGAUUUUCUUUCCCAGUGACUGGCUCCAGGUCAGGUCUAAUGAGCAGCGAGCUCUCUCCUCUGUGUGGUGAAGAGGACCCACCCGCUAACGUCAUCACCUAAGCCCAAGCCUAGCCCAGAAGUGGCACCCACGCCCCUUGUACUGUGUUGGCUCCGUCUCUCCACCCUUCCUUUCUUUGAUCCUACUUUCUCUCCUUCUCUUCGUCCUCCUCCGCCGCCUCCUCAGACCACCUUGCCCCCCCCCCCCC